UAUAUUGAAUGAAAAUAUCGAUAUAUACCGAUAUAUUGAAACAAAUAUAUCGAUUAUAAUAUAUCGAUAUAUUUUUAAAAAAUAUCGAUAUAUAAAAAUAAUCGAUAUAUCGUUGCCAUCCCUAAUUAUAUCACUGGUUGUCAGCUGUCACUGUGGCGGCAUGUAAACAUUUGUUGUGCUUUCCCAGAUUUUAGAAGAAUUUGAAAGCGCCGAAAUUUGGGAAACAAGCAGAAGCAACGUGAGAUCUCUGUUAUAUUUCCUUCUCUAAUAACAAUCUUCCAGUAUUUGUAAAUAUAAAAAUAUUCAUCAUGGAUGGAGAAAAGCCACGUGUUAUCCUGAAUGAAUUCAAAAUUACGAAGAACUUACCUUCAUCCUUCACAGAUGCCUUCGAUAUGAAGAAAUUCAAAAAACUGUUCAAAGUUGUCAUAGUCAGAAGAGAAGCUGAGAACUAUGAAAUAGAGUUUGAUCUCAUUGGAAUCCAUCCAGCAUUAGCAAAUACAUUUCGAAGACUCAUGCUCAGUGAUGUGCCAAGUAUGGCAAUUGAAAAGGUUCAUAUGCACAAUAAUACCUCCAUUAUACAAGAUGAGGUGUUAGCUCAUAGGCUGGGAUUGAUACCUUUGAAAGCAGAUCCUCGCUUGUUCAAUUUCAAAGUGCCAGGUAAAAAAGAAGGUACAGAACAUGAUACAUUAGAAUUCGAGUUAAAAAUAAAAUCCAGCUAUAACAAGGAGGCAAACAAAAAAGACUCCUCAAGGGCAGAAGAUAUAUACAAAAAUAAUAAGGUUUUUUCAAAACAUAUUAAAUGGAUACCAAUAGGAAAUCAAAAGGAGGCAUUCAAAGACAAGGAUGUUGGACCCAUACAUGAUGAUAUACUUAUUGCAAAAAUGAGGCCUGGCCAUGAACUUGACUUGAAGUUGAUAGCCAUCAAGGGAGUAGGAAAAGAUCAUGCAAAAUUUUCACCUGUCUGUACGGCUUUUUACAGGCUUCACCCCCACAUCAAGUUGUUGAGAGAAGUUGAAGGUGAAGCAGCCUAUAGGUUACAGAAGUGUUUUUCAGCUGGUGUGAUCGAUGUAAAGGAGGAGCCGAAUGGUCGAAAAGUAGCAGUUUUGAGGAGCGCAAGAUAUGAUACUGGCAGUAGAAAUGUAUUUAGAUAUGAUGAUUUGAAGGAUGCUGUCAUCAUGUCAAGGAUACAGGAUCAUUUUAUAUUUACAGUAGAAUCUGUUGGAGCGUUGCAACCAGAUGAAAUAUUUAUUGAAGCUGUCACGAUACUAAAAAAUAAGUGCAGAUCCAUGUUAGAUGAAUUAAGCACAUUAUAGCUUAUGAAUAAAUAAUAAAAUCGUGGUAAUACUA